AUGAAAAAGAUACGACGAUGGCUGUUACUAUUUGCUGUCAUAAUAGCACUGAUGGUGCGAGUGGACGGUUUGAAGGCGACGUCGCUGAUCUUCGGCCGCGGUCCGGCCUCCACGACGACGACCACCACCACGAGCACUACCACCGCAGCCACCUCGACCACGGAAGAAUCUGUCGAAGCGGAAGAUGAGCCCGUCGAUCAAGGAGAGGAUGGGGUCACCAAGGCGCCACUCACCGGCAUUCCGCAGAUCGAUUAUGUUUGGGAUCCAAAUUUACCACGAGAGCUCCGGGGGGCCAACUUAUCCAAUUAUCCCUUCCUGGACUCGGUACCGGCGGAGGAAGACAUCGGUUUCACCUGCGAUCCGAAGCUGCACGAUGGUUUCUACGCUUCGAUCAAGUACAACUGUCAGCUGUACCAUCACUGCAUCCACGGCAUACGGUACGAUUUCCUGUGCGCCAACUACACGGCCUUCGACCAGAAGACCUUCAUCUGCCAUUUCGCGUCGGAAGUGGACUGCAAGAACUCGCCCAAGUACUGGUUCAGGAACGAGCCGUUGUAUAAGGCGACCACAACUACGACGGUGAAGCCGCCACCGACGACGUCAACCACGGCCGCCCCGACAACGGUCCCGUCGCGGCCGAAGCCACUGCGAAAACCGGUCCGUAGGAGGCGUCCACAGGUGGACUAUUACUACUACGACGAUGACUACGAGGAGGACUACUACGAAGAGCGCAACAGGCGGCGUAAGAAUCGUCCACGCAAUCGACGCCCGGUCUACGACGACUACGAGGAGGACGAGCGGUUCGACCGGGUGCGACCGAUGACGGCCGAUCGCUACCGGGAGCGAGAACGCGAUCGCGACGACGAGGAGGACGAAUACGAGGAUCGCCGACCGUACCGGAUGAAGACACGCACCCGUAAUGGCGAGCGACGUCCAGCGAUGGCGGCGGUGGGGGCCUUGGAAGACGAUCGUCGUUACUACGACGACCGUCGGCGUCGCCCACUGGCGGACGAACGCCGUCGCCCGGCUGUUAUCGACGAGGAAGAGAAGCGGCCGGUGAUGGGAAGCGAAAGGAGACGAGUGCCGGCUGGUGAUCGGGAGCGACGUCCUUCGAGUGAUCGACGUUCGGUCGGUGGGGCUGGAGACGAUCGUCGAUCGUUUUCGGGUGACGCGGAAAGCCGCCGGGGUUCGGUGGUGGAAGCCGAUCGGAAGCCACUGAAGCGCCCGCUGUACGACGAUCGGCGUUAUGUGGACGACGAAGAGGACGAUUACGAUGCGCCUGCGUACGCGGGUCGGCGAGGCUCGGACAAGGGGCGCCAACAGGCGCAACAGAACGAUGUCGUCACGGUGAAACCGUCCGGGUCCAGUAUCUACGAUCGUCCGCGAGCUGCACCACGUAUCAAUCGGCCAGUUCCACUGAACGAAAAGAGCAAAUACGCGUACGGCACCUCGGACGGCCCGGGUGGCCCGAAAACGUCCACGACCGCCGCACCGUCCGAUCCGGAGUACUACGACGAGUACGAAGACGAGGAAGCGGCACGUCCCCGUGAGCCGGUCGCCGAAAAGGGUCGCAAAGGGGGACAGACGAGUGGCGGCGAAGCUGCGGAAAAGCCACCGCGUCCGAGCGCCUCAUCCGAUGUGGUGUACUACGAUGAUGUGAUCGUCGCCAAGGAUGAUCUCCCGUUCCGUCCGGUGGCGGGUAACGUCCGCAAGCCGGAGGGAACCGAGCGCGUCAACAGCCGGGACAACUCCGAGCUGGCAAACGCCAACGGCAACCGGUACACCGAUAAGGGCCGGGGUGCCACCAAACAUCAGGCCACUGCGCAGCAGCUUCGGGCAUUCUCCAACGCCAAGACGACAACCGCUGCCCCGGUCGUGGUGGACGAUGUGGAAGAAGACAUCGACGAUGAGUACGACGUUCCGGCAUCGCGUCCUUCCGUCAUUGCCCGGCCGGCCGCCAAUCUGUACGCCAACUUCAAGAACAAAAAGCAGCAACAGCCGCCACAGUCGACCAACACGGACACCGUUAGCGCUCGCACGCCGGUUCGGUCCACCAAGCGGCCCUUUCUUCCGAGCCGCGGUGGCAAUCCCUACCUAGCUCGGGGGCUUCAACCCGUAGGAGUGGCUAAGCAGCCGUCAAAAACGGCCGCCCCGGAGCAACCGGAGAAACCGGCGCCGUUCCGUAUCGAUGUCGACAGCUCGACAACAACAACCACGCCGGGGUCGACGGUGGGCAAUCGGCGCAAUCAGCAGACGACAUCGCAGCAGCCCGAGGUGGUCAACGUAAAAACCCUCGACCAGCUGUACGACGACGAGUUCGACGUGACGCUCAACGAUGCGCUCAAUCCGACGCUCAAACCGCUGACGCGCAGUGCGCCCCAGAACUUCUUCCGUAACCGGUACGUGCACCAGCCGGACGCCGAGUUUGUGCCGUUCGAGCCGAGCUACGCACCGUCCGAGUUCCGCCGGACGGCCGUCCGGCCACCGCCGGUCCUCUACCAUCCGGCGCCGGCCGCCGUUGCCAUCAACACGUCGCCCCAGCAUCGGCAAAGGUACGAUGCGUACGCGGCCUACGAGUACUAAACGCGAAGGAGUUCAUGGGCUUCUGCUCAACCUGUGGCCAGCAGUCCAGCUGAUUUCUAUAUCCCACUCUUUGUCUCCAUCUCUACCUCUAUCUCUUUGUUUCCCUCUUUCCCCGUUUCUCCACCCCACCAAAACCCAUCGUUUCUUAUUUUAAAAGGUCCACGAAGCGAAAGAUUGCUUGAAGGCGAACGUGCGCGCGAGGCAACACGGACGGAUGGACCCACUGAACGCAGAGAACUAAUUUAUUUUGAAUACCUAUCGACAGGCGAAAAAAGACGUAGAGGCAAAACAAACAAGAAUGAAGAGAGAAUCGGCGCGUUUCCACAGCAAAACGGAGAUGGUUCGGGGCAAAACAGAAAAAAUGUCAUGUAGAAAAACAGAAGAAACAAAAGAAGAAAAAAAGAAUGAUGUGAAGACUUUCGUAGGGCGGAAGAUAAAGGAAUUUGUAAAUACUAUAGCACGAAGCGGUGCACGCAUGUAAAGAAGGAAGGGCUUCUCCGCUUCUCCGCGAUGGAAAGGAUGCGCGAAUACUCAACCCAUAGAUGCAAACGUGAUACAAACCGAACACUAUCAGUACGGAAAGGCGGUAAAGGAACGAACGUGAUGGAAUGCAGCACUUUCACGUUUGGAGGUGAAACAAAAACAUAAUAAAAAUAAAACUAAAGCAUGCAAUCAUUUACGUGGAACACAAAAUGUGAGAAUUAAAGUUGUAAAAAAGUAAGGAGGAUAACAAAUGACGGGCACAGAAAAGAAACCUAAAGGAAAACAUAUUACAUUAAUGGAAAGCAUGGAAAAACUGCUUAUGCUUAGUGAAGCAAGUGUACUCAAAAUUUAACUUUUUCUUCAAUGUUGAGAAAAGCAACACCGCACACCCACUAGCAAUGUAAACGACAAAUGUAAGACGUGUAUGUAGAUGAGGAAGAAAAUAAAAUUUUCUUUUAUAAUUUCACGUUUCUUUUAUAAUUUGUACUGGCCGAAAUUUUUUUUUUGUAUAGUAUGUAUUUUAAUGAGUUUUCCAUGAUCCGCAAAUUCUAAAAA